AUGGUGGGACAUGUGUGGCUCCUUGCACUCUUAGCGCCGUACGUCACUGUGGCUGGAACCUUCUUAAUGCCACAGAAGCAGGAAAAAUUGCUGCGAGUGUUAAGUGAGGUGGCGUCUGGCCCCGCCCGCGGGCAGUUGGUAAUAUUACAUCUUGAUGCUGCCAUUCCCGUGGAUUUGUUUGAGGCGGCCGUGCGGUCAUUGCGACCCACGCUGCACUCCACACUAACCUUUGGGAACGACCACAGCUGGCCGCCGCCUGACCUUAAGUGGGGAGUCAUUGAGAACGGCUCCUGGGUCGGCGUGCUCGGCAUGAUUGCCAGAGGCGAAAAAAAUUUCACCAUCAAUUCAUUUUCCUUAACAGAUGAUCGAACACAGGUGUUUGACGCCUCCACGUGCAUACAGAUAGACCCGUACUCCGCAUUCCUCCCUAGUCCACAGCAGCUUCCCAAGUGGCUGAGCAUCUUUCGGCCAUUCACUACAACCGUAUUGGCGAGCCUAGUUCUGACUACUGUCAUGUGUUCAAUUUUACUGCUUCUCAAGGAGCGACUUAGGAAGAGGCUGGGAGUUCCUCAGCCGUCGCAGGGAUCGGCAACAUCCUUCUGGCUGGUUCUGCAGGGUUCCCUGGUGGGGCAGAGUGUACCAGGCCUCCCUAAAGCUCUAUGGCAGAGAACUUUCGUGGCCGUAUGGCUGAUUUCCUGUCUCGUCGUCACCGCUGCGUACUCCAGCAAUUUGGUCGGCAUCCUAACAAGUCCUGCGUAUUACCGGCAUCUCCACACCUUACAAGAGCUUGUCGAGAGUGACUAUAGGCUCGCUCUUGUGGAUAACGGGAGCUACAUCGCGGCGCACAUAAAGAACAACAAUGAAUCGUCCCUGCAAUCCUUUCAGCAGAGGAUGGAUGUGUUUCCCACCUAUAAGGAAGCUAUUGCUGCUCUGGAGAAGGGCAGUCACAUCAUGCUCCAGAUUAGGGGUUACCUAAGCCUGGAAUUGCAUAAGUAUUUAGAGGACGAAUAUUGGUACAUGCUGCAGCAGAAUGUUGCUAGUGGACAGCAGGUGUGGUAUUUCGCAAAACAUACGCCAUGGAAACACAAGUUCGAUGAAGUAAUCAGACAGUUAUCCUGGUUUGGCUUCAUAGAGCACUGGCGAGAGGUCGAGGAAGAGGCCUGGAAGAAGACCAUCAAGCCGACCCGUAAAGGAGGAAAGCGGGAAGACAGCAGUCCCGCCCAGUCCCUCACCCUGUCUCACCUUCAAGGAAGCUUCUACAUCCUUAGCAUUGCCUGGGCACUCAGCGUGCUCGUCUUUUUCCUGGAAAUCUCAAGCCACCGCUACAGUGUGACUUGUUCCACGGACAUGCUGGUCGCUUAG